GCGGUGCCGCCGCUCGCGUCGUCGCCCCCGGAUCCCAGCAGAGAGAGUACCAGCCGCCGCACGCCCAUUGUACUUCAUCAGGUGCUCUGGUGAUAAUGGUUCCAGGCGCUUGUUGGAGUACACUUACCGUGUCGGCGGUUUUCGUCGGGUCUGCACGUGGCGGCGCGGCGAGCGCGUGGCGCCGGGCGAAGCUUUAUAGACAGCCAUGUAUGCCGUGUAUGUGGAAGGGCGGCAGCUGGUCGAAGGCCGCCGGUUUCGACGCGCGCGGGCGUCGCUCGGUGCGUUCAACUCCGACCUUGCAUCGGACGCAGAUCGUCUGGAGGCGUUGUCCUGGCCAGCAGCAAUGGAUGCGGUGCGAUGCGAAGUCACCGUCGCGCCGCCCGCCGCACGCGCCUGCCCGCGGCCGGCGGCCAAUUUCGCACAGCGCAGUUCAACGACUUGUCGCGUCGAUGUACGAAACGACCCGAUGCGGUUAUGGCGUGGUUCUACUUACUCGUAUCGUAUAGACAUCCAACUUUCAUUAAAAGUCUGUAAUAACUUUCUAAUUAUUAAAAAUAUUUUUUUUAUUACAAAUAAGAUAUGUUCUGUUUCAAUUCUGUUGUAUUAGAUUAUUGUUUUUACAUAAAAAUACUAUGAAAUAAAUUUAUUCAGUAAUUAAAAUGCUAUGUUUUCUAUGAUAAUCUGUUUACUAUUCAAGCCAAUGCUUGUUCUACUUUCGUAUUCCAUAGCUUUCUCACAUGCAAUUGCGAAUAGUUUGCUGGAAUUUGAUAAAUACAACAAUAGCAAUAAAUUACACAAGUAAUAAGAGAUACUUACUUACUACUAGGAAACUGAUGCGUGCAUCUUGCGAAGCGUGAUCUUAGCGCAAUAAAGGAAAUCCUUGUUAUUGUUCUUUUCUAAUAAUUCUUACUUAGAUAUUUUUAUAAGUUACGAGUAUGUUAAAGAAUGUUUGGAAGAUCAAACUUGAAUUAGAAAAUAAUUUAAAUGAAUUGUCUUAGAUUAUUAAUUUUUUUGUUUAUAAUUUAUGUAUUACAAUUCAAAGAAAAUGUCGAGUAGGUUUUUAUGUGUAAUCUUGACUUAAAACUAAAUGUUUUUACAUAGGUACUUAAUGUAAGAUUUAAUAUUAUCAUGGUUUUGAUGUAAAUAUGAUCAUUACUUUUAAUUAAAUUGAUUUUAAAUAGAA